UUUCCCGGAUGUCGAAUGAGUGCAAUGGACGUGUGUGGCGAAAAAUGCCCGUCAUCCUCGCUGCUUUGGAGAGAGUCGAGUCAAAUAGCAAUAGACGGCAACCGUUUGUCGUACACCGGCAGAAGACAAGUAUAUUUCCGUCACGAGGACGUUGGAAUAGCAAUCGGCAGACAUCGCUUCUCCAACUCGCGAAGAUACUUCGAGUUUCUUAUUGAAAACACGGGAAAUGAGGCAGAAAUUAACAUUGGUGUUGUGCACGAACAAUAUUCUCUCGAUAUGUUUCCGGGUUGGGAGCCUGGGUCAGCAGCCUACCAUGCAGAUGACGGCUUUUUGUUUGAUGAGGUCGCAAGAUCACAGAAUUUUUGUGUGAACACAUUAACGAAACUCGGAGUUUGUGGUAGAGGGGACAGGAUAGGAUGUGGCGUUCGAUUUCGAAAUGGACCGUUGGAUGGGAUGAAUACAUUGGAUGGGGUGAAUGGAUUGGCAGAAGGUGCGGAGAAGACUAGAGCAACCGUGUUUUUUACAAAGAAUGGGUAUGAAGUUGGAUGUUGUGAACAAGAGGUGCCGUUGAAGGGUCUCUAUCCGUCAAUUGGGUUACGAAGUGUUGGUUCACUAAUUCAAAUUGACAUGACCUCCUUCCAACCUGUUCCUCCUCUGAAGGACAUUUGUCGAUCUUGCAUCUCUGUGCUCGUGAAUUUCCAAGACGUUGAAGGUCUGCCAAUACCAAAGUGUCUCAUAACAUACCUGCGACAACGAUUGUGGCUGAAAAAGUGUCCUAGUUGAUAAAGGUUUGUUUUUCCUGUUUGUGAUACACUUUGGGUACAUUUAUUUGAAAAAAUUUAGUAAAAUUUUAACUUUUGAAUCUCUCGAGACACAUCUUUGAACUAGGUGCGAUUAUGUUUUGCAUAGGAAAUAGGUGAGGUUUUUAACGAAAUUGGUAUUGUUUGUGCCUUUAACGAAAUUGGUAUUGUUUGUGCCACUAUGUAGUAUGUAUCUUUCUGCUUUGAGUACCUCACAAUGGGAAGGAUAUUGACAUGAUCGAUGCAGACCAACCUUGGUGCAGUUAGUCUUUCAACUUGGCCUCGACCUCCUGUUGCUGCCAGUGUGCCUAACUUUAUUUUUAUAACUAUUUGAUCAUUAUCUAGGGAACCUUCUAGUUGUAGUUGGUCAAGUUCUUUAACUGCAUGGUGUAACAGUCACUGGAAUGAGGGUUAACGUUGUACAUAAACAGAGUAGAUCUCAGAAAUUCUACCUGAGUGUUUCCAUGUUGUUGUAAACGUAGCUGGUUUUCCUCUAUGAGCCCUCAAAACUACAGAGAAUGAC